UUGGUAGAUUCUGGAAUAUCUUAGAUUCGUUAUCAUUAUCUCCAUGUAUUUAAGAGUGAAGAUUAUUCUCUGCUCUCUGAGAAUCAGUUGAAGUCUUAACCUGUGAGAUUAAAUUGUUUCUAAUUUUUUUUCUUCUUCUUUCCGAUUAAACAAAAUGACCACCAAGUGGGGAAUCUUAAGCGCUGGUUUAAUCUCUCACGAUUUUACCGUUUGUGUCCGUAGUUUAAACCCAAAGGAACAUCAGGUAGUUGCUGUUGCUGCUCGUAACCUUGAAGAUGCCAAGAAAUUUGCUUCCACUCACAAUAUCGCCCGAGCUUAUGGUUCCUAUGAAGAGCUUGCCAAAGAUCCUGAAGUCCAGGUUGUUUACAUAGGAACUGUUAUGUCCCAUCAUUUGUGGACUGGAAGACUCAUGCUAGAGGCUGGUAAACAUGUUCUCAUGGAAAAAUCAAUCACCAUGACUGUGAAAGGAACGAAAGAGUUGAUCGCUCUCGCUAAAUCCAAAAAUUUGUUCUUAAUGGAAGCAAUUUGGUCUCGAUUUAAUCCUGCCUAUGCUUUAGUUAUGGAUAAAAUUAAAUCAAAGGCGAUUGGUGAUAUUGUCUCGGUCAAUGCAACUUUUGGCUAUGAUUUAACCAAAGUUGAAAGGUUAACCAAAAAAGCUUCUGGUGGUGGAACCGUUCUUGAUCUCGGUGUUUACACAAUUAAUGUCAUCCAAAUGUGUAUUGGUAACAAGAAACCAACACAAAUAAUGGCAACCGGACAUCUCAAUGAAGAUGGUAUCGAUGAGUCAAUCUCCGUUGCUUUCAAAUAUUCUGAUGGUCAAGUAGCCUCUAUGUCCAAUACUAUUCGAGGACAAAUGUCCAAUGAAGCUCACAUUAUUGGUACCAAAGGAAUUCUGAAAAUAUUAUCUCCUUUCUGGUGUCCAACAAAAGUGGUCAUGUUAACUGGUGAAAAUCUUUCCACGGAGGAAAACUUUGAAUUCCAAGUUCCCGAAACUGUUGCAAGUUACAAUUUCGCCAACAGGCUUUUGACCUUUGAAGCUCAACAUGUCCACGAAUGUUUGGUCAAAGGUCUAACCGAAAGUCCAAUUUUACCACUCGACGAUAUAUUAACCAUUCGUGAAAUUAGUGAUGAGAUUCUCAAACAAGUCGGAGUAGAUUUUGUUGAAUGAAUCUAAUCUAAAAAAACUCUGGAAUUAACUGAUUAUCUUUACCUUUAUAUCAAUUCUCAACUGGGGGUAACUAUCCAAUUAACUAUUUGAACGUUUUUUUCUCCUUCAUUAAUUAUAAUCUGCACUUAAUGAAGAUUAAAUUGUCUCAACUAAUCUUUUAAAACACUAAUUAACUAAUGACUAUUUAACAGAGAUUCACAAUCUCACUACUUUUUAAAACUAAAAAUUUUCCAAAAAUCUAAUUCAUUAACAAUCUCAGUAACAAUCUAA